UUUUCCUUCUUCAAACUCCCGCCAUAACAUACUGAAACCCACUCUCGUCCUCGAUUUUCAGGUUCUCUCUUCUGCAACAAAAUGUCGAAGAAAAGAGGUCUUUCAUUAGAGGAGAAGCGUGAACAAAUUCUCCAAAUUUUCUAUGAAUCUCAAGACUUUUUCCUCCUUAGAGAACUAGAGAAGUUGGGACCUAGGAAGGGCGUUGUAAGCCAAACCGUCAAAGAUGUGGUUCAAAGUCUUGUGGAUGAUGACCUUGUCUCAAAGGACAAGAUUGGCAGCUCGGUUUAUUUUUGGAGCCUUCCUAGUUGUGCUGGAAAUCAGCUGAGGAAUGCAUAUAGUAAACUGGAAUCUGAUAUUGCCAGCAGUAAAAAGCGCUUUGAUGAGCUUGUUCAACAAAGAGAUAGUCUAAAGAAGGGCAGAGAGGAAUCUGAUGAGCGAGAGGCUGCUUUGGUAGGCCUGAAAGCUAUUGAAGAACAGUACAAUGCACUAAAGGAUGAAAUGGCACUUUAUGCAGACAACGACCCAGCAGUUAUCGAAGCUAUGAAGGAUGCUACCGAUGUGGCCCAUGCAGCUACAAAUCGAUGGACAGACAAUAUUUUCACCUUACAACACUGGUGCUCGGGCAAUUUUCCAGAAGCCAAAGAACAACUUGAGCAUUUGUACAAGGAGGUUGGAAUCACAGAUUCUCUGGAUUAUAUUGAGUGAUUUUUCGGCCCAGUUUAAGAAGUCUUGGUGUAGCCCGAAAGAGGUAAUAUGUAAAAAUAACUAGUCGUUAGACAUUUGUAAGCUCGAUGUAGCCUAGUGGUAAUAUUGGAAAACAGCUUUUUGGGUUGGUUAGUGUAUGCUUUUGGAAGUGAGGGUUACAAUGUAUGGGGCAUAUAUAACUGUCUUGGAAGGCAAAGUGAUUAUAGAAUCACUGUACUCUCUCUCUCUGUAUGUGUGUGCGUGCGGGUGAUACUCUCUCUAUGUAUAUAUAUGUGUGCGGAGGAUACUCUUUAUGUGUAUGUGUGUGUGCUCAUGUCUAGCAGGCCUA